AUGUCUAGGUGUCUACCCUUUCCUCCACCAAAUUAUGUGAAGAACGGCCUAGGAGGUGACAAACUCCUACAACAAUUGGAGCUCCGAAGAAAGAAGGCAGAGUAUGGGAAGAAGAAGAAGGAGGAAGAGAAAAGGAAGGAAGAAAAAGAGAAGAAAAGGUCCCAUGAUGACGACGGCAAUGAUAAGAAGAAGAAGAAGAAGAAGAAGAAAAGGAAGGAGGAAAAAAGAGAGAAGAAAAGGUCCCAUAAUAAGAAGAUGAGUACUACUCAAGAGGAUGAAAAAAAGGAGUACAAAAAGUUGAUUGAAAAUUGGGUUCCUCUUCCGCUGCAAAUGGUUCCAACUGAUUUUGAAAAUGAAGAAUGGCUGGCUACAAAAAAUGAUUCCAAUGAUCCAACCAAACAUGUCAGCAGUAGUAGUAGCAGCACUGCAGACAUCAAACAAGGAAUCCAACCACUUGCCUAUUUUUUGCCUCAUGCAGACAUCUAUGCUUUACCUUAUGUCUCACCUUUUUAACAAGAAACUAUAUAAUGUUGAAUCAGAUGGAAGAUUUCUUGGCAUCAAUUAGGCUAGGGUAAAUUGUUGAGGAUUGCAAAGACAAGGUAGGAUUAAUGAUCAAAUUC